CAAAAAGACCUCAACUUGAGGAUUUUCUAAAAACAUGGGCUAUUUCACUGACUUCUUUACCUAUGAAACAACCAAGUCCGUGGUGGUUAAAAGCUGGACAAUAGGAGUCAUCAAUAGGGCAGUACAGCUUCUCAUUAUAACCUAUUUUGUGUGCUGGGUUUUUCUUCAUGAAAAAGCUUAUCAGAUUCGGGACUCUUCAAUUGAAUCAUCGGUUAUGACAAAAGUGAAGGGUGUUGGACGCUACAGUAACCGAGUUAUGGAUGUCGCAGACUAUGUAAUCCCCCAACAGGGAUCCUCUGUGUUUGUAAUCCUGACAAAACUUAUAACAACUCCAGAGCAAGUGCAAGAUCAUUGUCCAGAGACUGAUGACAAGUACAAAUGCAGCAAUGAUAGCAACUGUACAAGAAACAAGCCCACAUCUAAUGGCUUUCUCACUGGUCGUUGUGUCCUUUCGUAUUGUCAAAUUCAAGGUUGGUGCCCCACAGAGAAUGACACAGUCCGUAUGCCUAUCUUGAUGGAAGCUGAAAACUUCACUAUUUUUGUCAAAAACAGUGUGAGAUUUCCAAUUUUUGACUUUGAGAGAGGAAACCUGCCUGAAAGUCUAAACUGCCGUUAUCAUCCAGCCAAAUCCCCUUUUUGCCCAAUCUUCAGACUUGGGGACAUCAUCAGACUUGCUGGCCAGAACUUCACCAAUCUUGCCGAAAAGGGAGGAGUACUGAGUAUUAAGAUUGGUUGGCUCUGUGAUCUUGACCAAUCUUGGGAUCUUUGCAUUCCUCGUUACAGCUUUACCAGACUCGACAGUGUUUCGGAAAAGAACAAUGUUUCUCCAGGAUAUAACUUCAGGUUUGCACGAUACUACAUUCGUUCCGAUGGCUCAGAGUUCCGGACCUUGAUCAAGGCCUUUGGCAUAAGAAUUGAUGUCCUUGUUUAUGGCAAUGCUGGGAAAUUCAAUAUUAUUCCAACCCUUAUUAAUAUUGUGGCAGCCUUUACGUCAGUUGGUGUGGGCACUGUUCUCUGUGAUAUCAUUUUACUAAACUUCCUUAAAGGAGCAGACCAGUACAAAGCAAGGAAGUUUGAGGAGAUUUCAGAUACCACCCCUGCAUUUGGCAGGCAUAUGUUCAAAAGUGACCAGACUCUAACUGGCCGUGGAGAUGAGAAAAGAUCUACAGACUCUGGGGCUUUCUCAAUAGGUUUAUAGGCCUGCACCAGCAUCUUCAUUGGCUUCCUGUGCUUUUAUGUAAAGUUCUGCCUCUUGUAUUCUAGAUAUCUUCUUCUAUUGUAUGUUAUAUUUCUUCUGAUAAUCACUUAAAUCGGCUGCCUGUAUAGACUAAUUUUCAACAUUCCUUGUUAGGCAGUGUAAGUUAAUAGAGGGUACUCCCUCGCGCAUCAGUUAGCUACUUGUAUUAAGGCUGUCUUUCUCUCUGGAAGACCAAGUCUGUACAUGGUCUACAGGAAUAGCCAACUGAUUUCAGUAGGCACUGUGUAAUACUUUAUUACUCCUGUGGUGGCACUGUAGGGAAAGUGAACGGUUGUUGUCAGGUUCUCCUGUAGAUUAUGUUGAUCCCUGGAGACCCCUUAAAUCAAAAUAGAAUUAACCAUAGUUGACCCCUUGAGCUCUCAAAUAAUGUCCUCAAUAUCUCAAUAUCUCAAGUAUUGCUUACCAAGCACUUCUUCUGUCACUUUUGUCCAUGUAUAUAGGAGAGGAUACGGGUCAGACAGCAAAAUCUUCAUUAUUGUGAAGCACAGUAUGGGAUUAUCAGUUUAACUGACAAGUAUGAAACAUACAACCCUAGACUCUACCUCUUUUUUUUCACAUGUAAAUAGUAUUCUACUUAUUAUUUCUUUCUGAUUUCAGGUAUCCUAUUAAUUUCCUUAACCUAAAUGUAAACUUAAAGUAGUUGUUCCAGCAUAGUCAGUGGAGAAUUCUUGAUAGGAUAGUCCCCCAAUGUCUGAUCAGUUGGGAUUGGGUUUUUAUUUGCUGCAUCCCCUGUUGAUCACUAGAAUGGAAGACUUGGUGGCAUAUCGAACAAAUUUGCAACCAGUAUCCAAUCGAUGAGGGUUCAACUACUGUAAUCCCCUCAGAUUACUAGAACAAAGAAGCAUUAGUAGAGCUAGGACAGCAUUCAUCUCCUUUCUGCUCCACUUUCCUUUUUGCUGGCAACUGUAUGACUGGCCAUUGACUAUAAUCAGCCAAAAAUGCAGCCUCCAAAUAAAGAAAAGCAGAGGCAAAAAAUAUGAAGUGGCACAGCCAUGGGCGGACUGGCCAUAGACCCCAGGGAACACCAGGGAAAUUUCCUGGUGGGCCAAUGCCCAAAGGGCCACCCAAGCCCUCCUCUUGGUCACCAGCUAAGUACAUAAUGAUCUGAUGCACUCAGCAUUAAUUAGUGGAGGAGCAUCAGCCACUUAAGCACCUGGCCAGCGGGCCUAGCUGCCCUCCUGA